GGGAGAUAAGCGGCUGACCCCCGUGGCGCUGACCCGCCGUGGCGCGAUAGCGUCCAGUGGCAUCUGCGCCUGCGAGUCGCGAGUAUGCCGAGAGCAGCGGAACGGCUGGCGCUGCUGCUGGCGCUGCUGGUGCUAGUGCGCGCGGAGCCGGGCGGCGAGGCCGAGGCCGAGCGCGAGCAGCUGGCCCUGGGCGAGCGCCAGCUGGGCGAGCAGAUCAAGGCCAUCCUGAAGCAUUACCAGCAGGCGGACCCGGUGGGCCUGCCGGGCGCGCCCGUGCCCGACCCCAUGGACGUGCCGCCCAUGCGCCACUCGUUCAGCAUGUUCAGCAUGGACCUGCGCGCCAUCAAGCUGCACGGGCUGAGCCGCUUCCGCAUCGAGCACGCGCGCUCGGAGCUGGCGCUGAUGCAGGCCUCGGUGGGGCUGCGCAUCGCCAGCCUGGACGUGAAGGGCCUGUACACGCUGUCGUCGUGGCUGUCGCGCAGCGAGGGCGACUUCACGGUGCGGCUGAGCGGCGUGCGCGUGCAGGGCCUGGCGCGGCUGGAGGUGGCGGCCGACGGCCGGCUGCGCGCCCAGGACAUCGACAUGGACCUGACCUUCGACGACAUCGACAUGGACUUCCGCAACCUGGGCUUCUUCGCGGCCGUGUUCCAGGGCGUGGUGAACAGCGUGGGCUCCUUCAUCUUCGACAGCAUCAAGCCGUACGUGCUGCAGGAGGUGAACACGCGCGUGCGCGGCCAGGUGGACAGCCACAUCUCGCGGCUGCCCAGCCGCUUCCCCAACUCCAUCUCGCCCUUCGACAUGGCCGUGGCGGAGGCGCGCCGCCAGCUGCGCCAGCUCGGCUACGACCCCUACCGGCUGCGCGACCGCGCGCAGAGCCUGGGCGCGCUGUCGGCCGCCACCUCGCACACCUGGCUCAGCGGCCUGGCCAGCUUCUACCGCAUGGGCAACGUCACGCUCAGCAUGGACGCGGGCGUGCUGUACGCGCUGCUGGACGUGGGCACGCAGCGCAUCGAGGGCCGCAGCCACUGGGAGCUGGCCCUGGUGGGCGGCGUGCUGUCGCGCGCGGGCACGCUGUCCUUCAGCCUGGAGUACCUGCGCGUGCGGCUGAACCUCAGCCAGCCGCUGGACACGCGGCGGCGCGCGCGCCUCGAGCGCCUCGACUUCGAGCUGGGCAACCUGCAGACGCGCGUGCACGGCGCGGGCACGCUCGACUACCUGCUCGAGGCGGCGCUCAACGUGCUGCCCAACCUGCUGCGCAACCAGAUCAUGGACGCGCUCGAGGGGCCCAUCGGCCGCCGCGUGCAGGAGGAGCUCGACAAGGUGGACGUGGAGAAGCUCAUCCACGACAAGAUCCCGGACAUCGCCGAGCAGGCGAUGCUGCUGCAGCAGGUGGUGCCACCGGCGGACGAGCUGCCGCUGGACGACCUGGUGCCGGCGCUGCUGCCCGACCCCGACGACGACCAGACGCCCUUCUCCGACAGCGAGGAGGACCGCGGCCAGUCCUGAGCCGCCCGCCCGUGUAAGCGCGCAAUAAAGCCCGGCUUCACCGCU